AUGAAUGUCUCUCAGGCGAUCAGCCCCGACGCAACAACAGAGGCCGGCAGAUCUGAUGGCCGCGACGAUCAAGCGCGAUACGGUCCACCGAACGGCCCAACGGUCUCUUCCGCGGUAGCACCAGCUUUGCUUUCCGAUACUCGCGAGCAAGCGCACAGUCCCUGGCCGCGUGGUCCAAGUGCAUAUCGACCCUGGGUCAUUGUCUUUGUGCCCGCUUCCGCCGUCAUCGCCAGCUCUGGCUACACACGUACCAUGGGCCAAGCCCGAUCAACUUCGGCAAUGCUUUCGGUGUACUGUCGUAGCAUGUCCAUAGCGGAAGGUUGGCCUUGGGACGGCAACGCCACCACCGCCCUGUGCGGGAGUUGGGCUGCCAGCUCAUCCAGACACAGUAAGGGCCGCGCUGGAAAGGGUUACUGGCGGCGCCUUGAUCGGCACUUGUUCUUCUACCGGUCGCCCAGCACCGCGCUCAUGGCGGGAGAUCCAGCGGAGAGGAUCUCCAGAAUAGAAGGCUCGGGCCCCGUUGAACAUCACCAAACGGUGGCUUGCGCAAGGUCACCUGAGACCUAA